UCAACUACAGAAGUACAAAUUGGGCCCAUGAGACUGACACAAGAUCCAAUUCAGGUUUUGCUGAUCUUUGCAAAGGAAGACAACCAAAGUGAUGGUUUCUGGUGGGCUUGUGACAGAGCUGGAUACAGGUGCAAUAUCGCCCGCACUCCAGAGUCAGCGCUUGAAUGUUUUCUUGAUAAGCACCAGGAAAUAAUUGUCAUAGAUCACAGGAACUCCAGAUAUUUUGAUGCGGAAAAUAUCUGCAGGUCUAUUCGUGCCACAAAACCAUCAGAGCACACUGUAAUACUUGCUGUGGUUCCACACACAUCUGCUGACCAAGAAGAGACUUCAGUUCUUCCCCUUCUUAAUGCAGGCUUUGAUAGGCAAUUCAUGGAGAAUAGCAGCAUAACUGCUUGUUACAAUGAACUGGUUCAAAUAGAACAUGGGGAAGUGCGAUCUCAGUUCAAAUUACGGGCUUGUAAUGCAGUGUUUACAGCAUUAGACCAUUGCCAGGAAGCUAUAGAAAUAACCAGUGAAGAUCAUGUCAUUCAGUAUGUGAAUCCAGCCUUUGAACGGAUGAUGGGGUAUCACAAGGGAGAGCUUAUUGGCAAGGAACUGACUGAACUACCAAAAAGCGAUAAAAACCGUGUGGAUCUUUUAGACACUAUCAACACAUUUAUCAAAAAAGGAAAGGAAUGGCAAGGAGUUUAUUAUGCAAGAAGAAAAUCAGGAGACAGUAUCCAGCAGCAUGUGAAGAUAACACCUGUGAUUGGUCAAGGAGGGAAAAUAAGACACUUUGUGUCCCUCAAAAGGCUGCACUGCACCAAUGAAAACAACAAGCAGCUCUGCAAGGGUCACCAUGAUGAGAAGUACACGGGAGACAAUUCUCAGUCAGAAUCCCAUUCCUUCAAAUGCAAGAACAGAAGGAAAGACUCAGCUGAUAUUAAGUCAAUAACGUCUCAAAGUAGUGAUGCUCCAAGUUUACAGACUCGAAGGUUCUCUUCUAUGGCAAGGAUCCACUCAAUGACAAUAGAAGCUCCUAUCACAAAGGUUAUUAAUAUAAUUAAUGCUGCCCAGGAAAAUAGCCCCAUCACAGUAGCGGAGGCCUUGGACAGAGUUCUGGAAAUCCUGCGGACGACAGAGCUUUACUCCCCUCAGCUAGGUACCAAAGAUGAAGAUCCUCACACAAGUGAUCUUGUUGGAGGCCUGAUGACUGAUGGCUUGAGAAGACUGUCAGGAAACGAGUAUGUGUUUUCUAAGAAUAUAAACCUGAGCCAUAGUCACCUUUCAGUGCCAAACACCAUCAGUGAUGUUCCACCCUGCAUUGCACAGCUCCUGGAUAAUGAGGAAAGCUGGGACUUCAACAUUUUCGAGUUGGAGGCCAUUACAAAUAAAAGACCAUUAGUGUAUUUGGGCUUAAAGAUUUUUGCCCGGUUUGGGGUCUCUGAAUUUUUAAACUGCUCAGAAGCAACACUGAGAGCGUGGCUGCAGGUGAUUGAGGCCAACUACCACUCCUCCAACUCAUACCACAACUCCACACACGCAGCAGAUGUCCUGCAUGCCACUGCCUUCUUUCUUGGGAAAGAGAGAGUUAAGGGAAGUCUUGACCACUUAGAUGAGGUGGCUGCAUUAAUAGCUGCCACCAUUCAUGACGUAGACCACCCUGGACGGACAAACUCUUUCCUGUGCAAUGCAGGCAGUGAAUUAGCUGUCCUUUACAAUGAUACAGCUGUAUUAGAGAGUCAUCACACAGCACUGGCAUUUCAGCUUACAACUAAAGACAGCAAAUGCAACAUUUUCAAGAAUAUUGAUAGAAAUCACUACCGGACAUUGCGUCAGGCCAUUAUUGAUAUGGUUUUGGCAACAGAGAUGACAAAGCACUUUGAGCACGUGAACAAAUUUGUGAACAGCAUCAACAAACCAAUGGCAUCUGAGGAGACCAGCUCACAC